AUGGAUAAGUUGCACCAAGAAGGAUUUCAAACAAAUCAAUUGGGAGAUUUUCUGUCAAGUGAUGAUUCAAAUCAACCUUGCUCGUUUGAUGUUCCUCAUGAGAUUAUUUGGACAAACUCAACCCACUUUUCUUCUAGCGACAAUCAUUAUCUUGGAUCCCCGGUAUCUAAUACAAAUAAUGAGACUAAGAAUGAUUACAACUGUGAGGAAAAUUUGCUGGAAUAUCCGGAAUCUCAACAAAAUUUUCUUAAUAUGGAGGAUCAAGAAGUAAUGGACAUUUUUACUGACAAUGCAGUAAAUUCCUUUCAGAACAAUUCAAAUGAGGAACAAGACUUAGAAGAGACUAUGUCAUGUUCAAAUGUUGAUAAUUUCUCUCCAAGUGAAGCUUACUUACUUCCAAAAGAAAGUAUUCCUCCAAUGCCAAUGAUGUGGGCAGCAGAAGAAAAAAUAGAGAAGGAAAUAAAGAAAAGGGACAAACACAAUACCAUCGAACAACGGCGAAGAGAGAAUAUAAACAACAGAAUCAAAGAACUAGGCACACUUUUACCACCAACAAUACAUCC